CACACAGAAUUAGGGUAGAGACUAAGAGAGAAAAGAAUCUACCACUGGGAAAUUACAAGUAUAUUUUGUUAUCAAAGUUGAAAUAUGAGUUCUUCAGUGACAGGAGCUGCUGGAUCUGGUGAUGAUGGAAGAAGUAGUAACAACAAAGGAAAAAGACCUGCCUACAAACGCCUUACUUCUGCUCAAACAGCUAAACUUGAAAAGUACAUUAUUGAUUGUCCUCAUCCUGAUGAAGCUCAACGAAGGCAACUUGCUGAGGAGGUUGGGAUUGAGCCAAAACAAGUCAAGUUUUGGUUUCAGAAUAAGAGAACUCAAAUAAAGAAUCAACAUGAGCGAGCGGAUAACAAUGCUCUUCGGGCUGAGAAUGAAAGGAUACAAAACGAGAAUCUCCUAAUGAAAGAGGCACUUAAUAAUAUACUUUGCCCUUCUUGUGGGGGCCCACCUGCCGCUGGUGAAGACCAUGAACACUUCAUGCAGAAAAUGCUUCUUGAAAAUGCCCACCUUAAGGAAGAGGCAAGCCUAAACUCCUUCAACACAUCCUCUUUUCAACAUGUUUCGGUAUUGAGGAUUAUUAGACAUGGGAAAAUAUCAAACAUUCUUUCAAGGUACUUGGAGAAAGAGGUGCUACACCCUGAAGAUAUAGAGCAGCUAAACGCAAUUCCCAACAGCAUAGACAUCGCGGGAUCAUCGUCAACAACACCACUGUAUGAUUUCUCAGUUGCAAAUGGAACCUUGUUGAACCAACAACAAGGGGUUAGCAUCAAUGAUGUUGUUGCAGGCCCUUCUUCUUCUUUACUUCAUCAUCAGAACUAUGUUCCACCACCAAUUGUUGCUGAUAACAAUGAUAAUGGGGAACAAGGUGUGGCAGUAAUGGAGGUUGCAUUGGCCUCCGAGGUUGCGGCUACCGCCAUGGAUGAACUGCUUAGGCUUAUUCGCCUCAAUGAACCGUUCUGGGUUGGUUCUGCUUUUGAUGGGAAGCUUGUGCUUCACGGUGAAAGCUACGAAAAGAUGUUCCCUAGGGUUUAUCAAUUCAACGAUGGAAACUCUCGUGUUGAAUCAUCAAAGGAAUCAGGGAUUGUCAACAUAAGUGGGAUUCAACUGGUUGAUUUGUUUCUUGAUUCGGAAAAAUGGGUGAAUGCUUUUCCAACAAUAGUUACAAAAGCGCAGACACUUGAAGUGUUUGAAAUUGGAUUGCCAGAAAGUCGAAGCGGAGCCUUACAAUUGAUGUAUGAAGAGAUGCACGGAUUUUCACCAUUGGUGGCAUCUCGUGAAUUCCAAUUCCUCCGGCAGUGCCAUCAACUGGAGCCUGGAUCGUGGAUCAUAACAGAUGUGUCUUUCGAUUCACUUCGAAACUACCCCUUUCGCCUUCCUCGCUCUCGCUCUUGGAGACGUCCCUCUGGAUGCUUGAUCCAGGAACUCCCCAACUCCACUUCUUGCAUGGUUACUUGGAUCGAACACGUGGAAGUGGAUGAUAAGAUUCAGACUCACCGGCUUUACAGAGAUCUUGUUAGCACCAAUGCUGCAUAUGGAGCACAGAGAUGGAUUAUGGAACUUCAAAGAAUGUGCCACAGAUCUAUGAGCUAUGCUCUUGAAAACAUACCUGAUCAUGAAUAUGGUGGAGUGAUAAAUAGAAAUGAAGGAAGGAGGAGUGUGAUGAGGCUAGGUCACAGGCUGGUGAGGCUAUUUAGUGAGAAUUUGAACAUGAGUGGAAAGGUUGAGUUUCCGCAGUUGAGUGUGGAGUACAACAGUGGGGUGAGGAUCUCAGCUCGAAGAUGCACAGAGAAAGGGCAGCCAAAUGGGACCAUUGUGAUUGCUGCAACCUCUCUUUGGCUGCCUCUCCAUUACCACACAGUGUUUGAAUUCUUGACUGAUAUCAACAAACGCUCUCAGUGGGAUGUUCUUUUCUGCACAACUCCAGUCCACUACAUUGCACACAUCUCAAAUGGAACUCAUCCUGCCAACAAUACAUCAAUUAUCCAGCCAUUCAUGUCAAGCGAGAACAAUGCUGUUAUAAUUCAAGAAAGCUUCAUAGACCCAGUGGGAUCAUCUUACAUAGUGUAUGCUCCAGUUGACGUGGAAGCCAUCAACGUCGCCAUUAGCGGCGACGACUCUUCCACCAUCCCUAUCCUUCCCUCAGGAUUUGUUGUGUGUGGAGAUGGCAGAGCAUCAAUGAUGAGCAACAGCACAACCAUUAUUGCACCAUCAGUUCUUGGUGGAGUUGGAAGCUAUGGUUAUCAGCAUAGAUCAGAAGGAGGGUCACUGUUGACGGUGGCAUUCCAAAUUCUGGUUAACACCAUCACUUGUGGACCCAACCUAGUGAAUAUGGAAUCUGUGGAUUCUAUUAACACCCUUUUGACUUCAACUGUCCAGAAGAUUAAGGACGCUUUGAACUGCAAUGCCUUGCACUGAUUAAUUAAUAUCCUUUUUUUUUUCUUUUUGGGAAUAAAUUGCGGCAGAGAGUGGUACUUUGACUGCUUUCAUUGACAUUUUCUUAAAUAAAAUUAUGGAACAUCUUUUUUCUUUCAAUUCUCUAGUUAUAUGUAUAAGUGAGGAUU